GGCAAUGGAAGACGAUUGGACAGGCAAGGCGGUCUCCAUUGAAUGCGAUCCCAAGCUAGGCGUAUUUCAGGGUAUCAUUUCACAGUGUACGCCUUCAGAGAUCACAAUAGUACGGGCAUUCCGCAAUGGUGUGCCGCUGCGUAAACAAGAUGCGGAAGUGACCCUACGCUCGACAGACAUCAACAAAAUUAGUUUAUUGCCAUCCUAUAAUAAUCAGAGUACAGUAACACCGACCGUAAUUAAUAAGCCCACCCCGGUGAAACAGCCCAAUUUUGCCAAUGUAGCCGUCGCCAAUGGAGGAGGAGGAGCAGCAGCAAGUGGUGGAGCGGCUGGAGUAGCUCCAAAACCAGAUGUCAACUCAACGCUGAGUAAUAAACUGAAACAAAGCAUGGUACUAAAGCAGGAAUCAAAUAUACUAUCACCCACAUCUUCAAGGGCACCCAGUGCUCAGCAACAAUCAAUGUUUAAUGGCAAAAAAUCAAAUUCCCCACAACAACAACAAACCUCAAACAGUGUAGCUCUUUUCUUUGGCAAUCUUAUACCACCCAAAGUUGAGGUACGAAUGGGUGCUGCCAGCUGUUCAGCCUCCGUCUGUUCGACAUCGAAUAGUUGUAAUGCCGAAAGUUAUGGCAGCAAUGGCGGUGGUGUCAUGGAAAAUGGUGGUGCUCUAAAUAGCAGCAAGCCAAUCGAUAUUGUUCCAAGUGGCGGUGGUUCCUAUUACUCGGGCCAGAAAGAAAACGGAGGAGGUGCCGCCUCAUAUUCAAGUGGUGUUGGCUUGCCCACCACCAAUGGUAGAUCUCAGCGUAACAACGCUACCUCGAAUGGCAACGGCGGUAACUGUAGCAACAAUACAAACGGCAAUGGCAAUGGAGCCCGCCAAAAACAACGCAACAAACAGGUGCGCCGCGAAAACAGCAUCAAACACAGUCAAACAUUUAGUGCCUCCAUUGAUGAUCCCUUGUUGCAUGAGGAUUUCGAUUUUGAGGGUAAUUUAGCGCUGUUCGAUAAACAAGCCAUUUGGGACUCGCUGGAGGCGGGUAAAAAACCCGAUUUAGUACAACAUACAGUGUCGUCAGCGAAUCAGAAAAAAUAUCGCCACGAUGAGAAUAUUUUAGUUAGUGAACCGGCACAAAUGCGUCAAAUCGAAUCAUUGUUCGAUGGCGGCUCCGAGGAUUUUGUUACGGAUGAGGGUCUGAUCAUACCCACCAUUCCGAUAUUUGUGCGAACAAAAAUUGAAAUGUGUGCUCAAAAGUGUGGGCUCUCACUGCAACGUCAAUUGGAUUUGUUGGCACGCGGUGCAACAGAUUUGGCUAUAUUAUUGUUGGGUGGAGCACGUCGCCUAACUCCGAAUAAUCGCCAUCAAUGGCCGACAAUUGCAAUUAUAUGUGAGAAAUCAGAGAAUUUUAGAUCAAGCAACGUUGGUGCUGCUACUGGUCGUCAGUUAGCAUCUCACGGCCUAAAGGUAUUACUUUACUUGGAAGAAGACUCCAAUAUAGAACAAAAGAGUAUAGAAAUAUCGCUUUUUAAAGCAACUGGGAAUACCGUGGUGUAUUCCGUUGAAGCACUCCCAACACCUGACCUUGUGAUAUUGUCGACAAAUUCAGCUAAUUUGUCGACCGAUGUAAAGAAGUGGUUAAGUGAAAACCGUGCAUCUAUAUUGGCCAUUGAUCCGCCACCAAGUGGCAUAAAUGAUGUAUCCAUUAAAUAUUCAAUUAUACCAAUCUUACCAUUAAAUGGCAUAUCAUCGAAUAAUUGUGGCAAAUUGUAUUUAUGUAAUCUGGGUAUACCGGAUAAAUUUUAUCGUGAUGCUGGCAUUAAGUACAAAAGUCCAUUUGGGCAUAAAUUUGUGAUACCAAUCCACUCAAAGGACUGAAACUAAAAACAACAUUUAAAUAAUAUUAAAAAAAAAAAAAAAAAA